AUUAUAUUAAUUGAAAGUCGGUACAUCAACUUAGAAGGAAUGUAACAAAAAUGAUGGGCAUUCCUGUCUCCAUAAACAUAAUCGAUACAUGUUAAAGCAUAUUUAGCUAAUUUGUGAGCAACUUCAUUCCCACUCCAACGAAUCCAAGAAAUGAAAAAUUCAUUAAAUCUGCCGCUGCAAUCCUAGAUUUGGUCCAUGAGCAAUCCAGCUUUAGAAAAGUCUCCCGUAUCUUCCCUUAGAGCAACGAUAAUCCCUUUCGAAACCCCUUCUAAAAUCAGCUUUGCAAAACGCCAUUCACUUGCUAACAUGACUGCCAAGGAAGUAGCCAUUGCCUCAAUAUGUUCGGCUUUUAGUACCCCCAUAAUUAUUCGACUUAAACCCAACACAGACUUUCCAUUGCAAUCCCUGAUGACCAUUCCGAUACUGGAACAACCCAUUUCAUUGUAUAUAACCCCAUCAAAAUUAGCUUUAAUGAAACCCUCCGGAGGGGCCACCCAUUUAAAAACUCCAGACGAUGAUGCCUUUUGUUGCACCCGAGGAUUGCUUUUCCUACUCGCCCAAUAUUGAUUCUGAUAAGAUAGAGAAAACUCAAACACCUGGCUAGGGGAACUGAUGGAUUGACCCAUUCGGAUUCUAUUCCU